AUGGAUGGUAUUGAUCCGGACGUGCUCUUAGAAUGGCUUCAGACGGGCAUCGGAGACGAGCGGGACCUUCAGAUGAUGGCGCUAGAACAGCUAUGCAUGUUGUUGCUUAUGUCAGAUAAUAUUGACCGGUGUUUUGAAUCAUGCCCUCCUCGAACUUUUCUUCCUGCGCUUUGCAAAAUCUUCUUAGACGAGACUGCAACUGAAGCCGUUCUAGAGGUGACGGCUCGUGCAAUUACAUAUUAUCUCGAUGUUUCCAAUGAAUGCACGCGGCGUAUAAUACAGGUUGACGGUGCAGUGAAGGCUAUAUGCAAUCGGCUUGCAGCUGCAGAAAUGACGGAUAGAACCAGCAAGGAUCUAGCUGAACAAUGCGUGAAAUUGUUGGAACAUAUCUGUCAACGCGAGACACUCGCUGUAUAUGAUGCUGGUGGUAUGCAUGCAAUGCUUACCCUUGUUCGUCAGCAUGGUUCGCAAGUUCAUAAGGAUACCAUGCAUUCGGCAAUGUCUGUAGUCACACGAUUGUGCGGCAAAAUGGAACCAAAUGAUGCUGCCCUCCCACAAUGUGCUGAAAGCCUCGGAGCUUUGCUAGCACAUGAGGAUACCAAGGUUUCGGAAAGUGCUUUACGUUGUUUUGCUGCUCUGACAGAUCGUUUCAUUCGCAAGAUGCUUGACCCCGCUGAGUUGGCCACACACAGCAAUUUGGUUGAGCACCUGCUAACCACACUGUCUAGUGAAACUGCUGCCCAUUCUGCCAAUUUCAUCUCUAUUGUUCUGUCAUUGCUCAGUAAUCUGUGUCGAGGCAGUGCUGCGGUCACCGAGCAAGUGUUGAGUUCUCCCCGCCUGAUAUCUGCGCUCCAGUGCGUGCUCACUAACAAGGACGAUCGUUGUGUUACGGACGGACUUCGUCUAGCAGACCUUUUAGUGGUUCUCCUAAGUGAAGGAAGAUCAGCUCUUCCAUUCACAGUGGCUUACCAGUCAAGUGGGGAGCCAGGCCAGAGCGGUCAGAGCGCUGAACGAGCACAUCGUCAUUUAAUUGAUGCAAUCAGGCAAAAAGAUCUGAGUGCUCUUGUCGAUACAAUAGACAAUGGCGUUGUUGAUGUGAAUUUUACCGAUGAUGUUGGGCAGACUUUAUGUAACUGGGCAUCUGCAUUUGGUUCUUUAGAAAUGGUGCAGUAUCUUUGUGAUAAGGGUGCUGAUGUCAACAAAGGGCACAAAAGUAGCAGCUUGCACUACGCUGCUUCCUUUGGACGUCCCGAUAUAGUAAAAGUGUUGUUACAACGUGGUGCAAAUCCUGACUUAAGAGAUGAGGAUGGAAAAACGGCAUUAGAUAAAGCUCGAGAGAGAACUGACGAGGACCACACUCAGGUUGCACAAAUUCUUGAAAGUCCGUCGGUCUACAUGCACAGCAAGUCCGACGAGCAAAAUAAGGCGAAGGCAGCUUCUGUGGUGCGAAAAACGAGCACAAGUGAUCUUCCCGAUAGAGAUUUAGCCGUUCGUGUUCUACACCAGCUACUACCAAUAUUUUGCGAAAUCUUCAUGAAGUCUCUUUCUGCAAGCGUCCGUAGGACUUCUCUUUCGUUGCUCCGUAAGAUCGUGGAGCACAUGCAGUUAGACGAUUUACGUAACGCUCCUAGACAAAGGAAGGAGCUUCAAGGUUGUUCAUCAGAUGUUCACGCAACCUCCUCCAGUGAUCUGCCUCCUGGAGCAGAGAACUUGGUUUCAGUUGUGGUUUCCGUUUUAGAGCAAGAGGAGGACCACGAUGGGCAAGAACAAGUCUUAUUGAUUCUGUCCUCUUUAUUGCGCAAGGAUCCUGAACUAUGGGUUCCAGAACUCGUCCGUCUUGGCGUCUUUGAACGUGUGGAAGCAAUGGCUAAAGAACCGCCGAGGAACCCAGAUGAUGACGAAGACGAAGGGGAUCGUGUAGAUGACUUGAACGCACGGAACAGUGCGAUGAGCAGAUCGACUACCUCUACACCAUCAGUCGCCAUGGAACUAGACGUAGCGGAAAGAAGUGUAUCAGCAGGAAUUAACGAUGAAGCAGAAAGAGAACGUGCAGCAAUGUUAAACGUAAUGAUGGAGGUGGAAGAUAUGAGUACCACGGAAACUCCUCCACCCACUGUAGAGGUGGUGGAUUCAAAUGCUGGAACAUCGCUUACCCUUAUGGUACCGACAUCAUCGAGCGAUAAAGGGAAACUAGUCCUACAACAAGACAUGCCUUAUCGUUGGAAGGAAUGGCGUAUUGUUCGCGGCGAGGAGUCCACAUUUGUAUGGUGCGAUGUUCUUGCGCUUGAAAUGAGCUUCAACAGCAAUGGAUGGUUUCGUUUUCUCAUGGACGGCGAGGUGACAACCAUGUUCAAUAAUGGUGUUACUGAAAGCGUAUCGGAUGAAGUUCGCGCUGAAAACAAAAAGUCGUUCAUGGCAAGAUGGCGAAGAGUUAAGCAAGCAUGGAAUGAUGACUCAAUGCCAGUUAGCAUUCUGUGUGUUCCCAGCAUAGGCAAAAAGGUGGAAUUCCCCCGUUGGGAAAUUUGGAGUCCUCGUUCUACUGAGCUCACCAUAAAGUGUUUGAAGAGUGAGGAACAUAUAGUUGUGAAAGACGAACUUGGUGGGUUCGUGCUGGAAACCACUGACAAAACAAAACACAGCCAAAUGCCUGAAACCGCUCUCGCUUCGGAGUUCCACACCGGUUGGAGUUCGCACGGAAUGACUGCUAGACGCUCGAAGUUCCGAGGGGAGAUUCAGCGUCGAAAAGUGCAAGAACUCGCUUGGGAAUUAUGGAACAACCACCUCAAAGAGGCUCGUGCCAAACCUCGUGAAGCUCUGAUUGAAUUGCAGAAAGCGGCGGUUUGCAUUCAGGACGCUGUCACAACUGCAAACUUGAUCGCUGGUAUCUCUAUCAAGAGCAAGCAUGUCAAACAACCGCGCAUCGAAAAGGUGCAAGAGCUGGUAUCAGCACUGAAAUGCGUACGGGAAUCUGUCAUGGAUGAUAGGCGCUUAUCCACAUUCGAAUUUUCUGUCUCUGGUAUCGUCCCUGCUUUGCAUAACUUGCUUGCUUUGGUUGAGAGACAACCUGGAAGCUAUCCUGCUCGUAUAUUUGGCGAAACUUUCGCACACGGAAUGGCUCUAUCUAGUCUUGCAACAAAGAUGGUCUCUGUUCUGGAGUCCACUGAGAAGUUCCCGCAAUAUCUUUACGAUACACCAGGUGGAUCGGCAUUCGGACUUCAACUAUUGUCUCGGCGAAUUCGCAUGAAGCUCGAGCAAGCUAUAAGCGAACAUGACGAUAAGAAACAACUCAUCAACAGGAGUGGGCGGCUACUUAAAAGCGAGCCUUUAACAACUAUUGGUCAGCUGAAGUCUUUCCUCUUGAAGAUGGUUGCCAAGCAAUGGUUUGAUCGAGAACGUGCCAAUUUGGGUUUUGUGAAAGCAAUUGAAGAAUCGAAAAAAACCGGGGAUCGCAUAAGACUCAUUUACACAAGCGAUUUUGAUGAACAAGGUGUCAUUUACUGGCUUGGAACCAACGGCAGAACUGCAUCGGACUGGACCAAUCCCGCUUCAGUUGGAAUAGUUCAAGUCACUUGCUCUGAUCAGCGGCAACCUUUUGGAAAACCUGAGGAUGUUCUCAGCCGUGACGUUAAUCCUAUAAAUUGUCACUCUAGCGACGAUAAGAACGCAAACUUCACGAUCGACCUCGGUGUUCUGAUCUAUCCAUCUGCAUACACACUUCGUCAUGCUAGAGGGUACGGGCGAUCAGCUCUUCGAAACUGGCUUCUUCAAGGUUCGAAAGACAAACAAGUCUGGGAAGUACUCGUUGCCCAUACUGAUGACACCAGCCUUGGUGAUCCUGGAUCAACAGCCACAUGGCCAAUUGAAGACGAUCGUUCUAAAGGGCCGUUCCGAUACUUGCGCAUUGCUCAGAAUGGAAAAAAUUCGUCUGGGCAAACCUACUACUUGAGUAUUUCUGGAUUUGAAGUCUACGGAGAGAUUGUCGACGUUGUUGUCGAUGGAUUUACAGCACAAAAAGACGAAAAAGAUAGAGGCAGUGGCGCAUUUGGCAAAUCCAAGAUUCCGUUGCCUUCGUCUUCGCGCAAAGAUUCUAAUAGAGAUGACAAAGUAGAAUCUCUAAUGCCGCAGGGUGCGAACAAUAACAAACUAAGAGCAGGACUCACUGCCGACAUGGUGUCGAUGAUGCACACAAGAUCUCGUAUGCGUGUGGCACGAGCAGGCCGUCAUGCUGCAGUUGGAACUGAUGCUCGAGGUAUGCGAGUUAUUCGUGGUCCAGACUGGUCUUGGGAUGACCAAGAUGGUGGUGGCGAAGGAAAAAUUGUUGGAUGUGUUGAGAAUGGAUGGGUGGACGUGCAAUGGGAUAAUGGCUAUACGAAUUCGUACCGUUUUGGAGCCGAUGGUCGUUUCGAUAUUCAACGUGUGAGCGGUAGAACAUCGCUCACCACAUCCACUCCUGCCAUUUCGGUGCUGGAAGCUGUUCGAGCGAAAGGACGAGGUUUGAUGGGAAAAACGAGGGAAGUCAGUGGAGUGCGAGAUGGAGGAUCGUCGCCAUUUGCGUCUUUUACCGGCUUUACACCAUUCGGAACGAAACAGCGCAAGUCUGGAGUUUCGACCCCUUUGUCACGUUUUGCAAAAGUGCCCUCAACUUCAUCUGCUAAUGCUACGUCAACGAGUUCCUCUAACAUUGGCAAGAAAUCGAUGUCGACUACAAAUCUUGUUGAAGACCGAGCGAAAACUGGACCAAGCGUUGCCUCAACUGGUCAGGCAGCCUCCGCCGAGUCUCUUCAGCAUCAGACUCAGUCCCUUGAGAACCUUCUUGCUCGGGCCAAUCCUCACAAGUUUGGCCGAAUAGCGGAAACUAUGGAGAGCGGGGCUGAGACCCCAGAACCUGGCCACGAAACACCGGUGGCAGCAGAAACCGAAGAAAGCGACUCCGCCACUAGCGCCGCCGGCUCGCAUGCGGCUCUUUCGGUGUGUUCUUCUCAGUCUUCUGUCAUUGACGCGACACCCCGUGAUGGUGCGACUCCAUCCGCACCACAAGUUGAUUCGACAAAGAUGAGCAGUCUCUCCGUGUCUGCGCCAGAUCUCGCUGCUGCCCGUCAACGACAACAGUCAAGUGAUACGUUUGAGAUGGACAAAACAGUGGAGGAGGACGAAGAGCAGGAUGGCGAAGACGAAGAAGAAGAAGAUAGCAACGAAAAGGUCAACUUUGCGGAUAUGAUGGUUGACGCCCUAAACAACACUUCAGAAAGAAGCUUGUUUGAGAAACUCCGUGAAGUUUUCGGGACUGAAGACUCAUUAGAGCACCUUAUAACUUCUUCCUCCUCAAAUGCUGAACCCGGUGAAGUCACAACUCCGUCCACGUCUACAUCGGUAUCUCAGAAAAGCAUCAAGAAGGAUAAGACAUCUCUUAAGCAGAAACUAGGAAACUACGCAGAUGUUCUUAAAGGAAUUAUGCAGACGAUGAUGGAUCCAAGUGGAAACUCGCUAGAAGUUGAAGAAUUGCUUGACGAGGAUGACUAUUAUGACGACGAGGAAGGUAAUGAAGAGGACAUUGAGGAUGACCUAAAUGCGCUCGGCGUUCCCGUCGACUCACUCGCCACAGUGCUCACGGGUAGAGGAGGGGAAGGAUUCAAGUUGAACUGGAAGCAGCUGAUGAGUGGAGGGCUUGAUUCUCGUGGCCGUGACCAGCGUGGAAAUAGCAAGAACAAUUUCCGGUCGUGGGACGAUGAAUUGGUGUUGAAAUGCUCUUUCCAGGCCCUAAUUCCUGCUUUCGAUCCUCGUCCUGGUCGUACAAACGUUAACCAAACGCAAGAUGUGGAGCUUCCAGCAGUAGUACCUGAUCCCGCACAAGCAAAACCCGUUGCGGUAGGUGAAAAGUCCGAUGAGACUUCUCUACGUCUGUUCUUGCGCGGACCUAACAUGAGCGGUGUCGAAAAUGUCACCUUAGAGAUGGCUGCUGAUGAUCACAGCCUUUUCUACUAUGUGCAGGCUCUAGUUGGAGCUAUUGACUGGGGAACGAAAUGCGAACGCAGUCGACGUGUAUGGGAGCCUACGUAUACAUUGAUUUAUGAGGAUGCUUCUUUAUCGUAUGUAACGAAAUUUAAUCAGAUCUCCUCAGAUGACAGCAAAGUCCCUCCUGCUGUUAAUGAGUGCUUGGAAGUCAUUGGGUUGUUGUCACGAAUUGGAGAACGCUUCCCUGAUGCACAAAUAAGCCCUCAGGUCUUCAUUAGCGACAAAUUAACUCAGAAGCUUACGCAGGAACUCUCCGAUGCCCUAGUGGUUGCAGCAAGAGCGAUGCCGGAUUGGUGUGAACGCCUUAUUUAUACAUAUCCAUGCCUUUUCUCAGCGGAAACAAAGAACAUGUACAUGCAAGCUACAGCAUUCGGAGUAUCGCGCACUAUCGUAUGGUUGCAGUCCCGUCGAGACGCUGCAUUGGAUCGAGCGCGUGGUGCUGCUCAGAGUACUACCAGUAGUGCAAGCAGACCGCAUGAUCGCUAUCAGGAAUAUCGCGUCGGACGACUAAAGCACGAACGCAUUAAGGUCACUCGUUCCGAGGAGCAUCUCCUUGAGCAGGCAAUUCGCGUCAUGAAAUUUCAUGCUGAUCGCAAAGCUGUCCUCGAAAUUGAAUAUGUGGGCGAAGAAGGCACUGGUCUUGGGCCAACUUUGGAAUUCUAUGCUUUGGUUGCUGCUGAACUACAGCGGAAAGCUCUUGCAAUCUGGCUUUGUGAUGACAUGGAUGAGCAUCAGCUGAAAAUGGAAGAGCGUGAACUCGAUUUAGGAGAAGGAAAGAAACCACCAGGAUUUUAUGUUCGUCGUGCUGGUGGCCUCUUCCCUGCACCUCUUCCACCUCAUACAGAUGAAGUACGUAGGGCAUCGGAGAUGUUCCGAGUUCUAGGCAUAUUCUUGGCUAAGGUUCUUCAAGAUGGAAGGCUCGUUGAUCUACCGUUGGCGCGUCCCUUCUUUAAGCUUAUUGUCUCCCCGCAUCUGAGUGAAGCUGAGGAACCAUCUCUAGAUCGUGUCCUUUCGUUGGAUGAUUUUGAAGAAGUUCACCCUGUGAAAGGUGGUUUCCUGAAAGAGUUGCGGGCGCUAGCACAAAGGAAACGUGCUAUCGAGAAUGAACCAAUGUUGGAUCGUGAAGCGAAGAGACGAAAGAUUGAUGAGCUGAAAUUAUGCAUUCAUGGCACGCGAUGCCGCGUCGAGGACCUUGCGUUGAAUUUCACGGUCAAUCCUCCAUCGUCGGUGUUCGAUUAUGAAGAAAUGGAGUUGGUUGAAGGUGGAGCAGACAUGGAUGUUACAAUGGACAAUGUUGAGCUUUAUGUACAGAAAUGUGCCGACUUCUAUCUUAAUACGGGAAUAAUUAACCAGAUGCGCGCAUUCCGUGAUGGGUUUGAUCGCGUUUUUGGAUUACGGGCGCUACGCUCGUAUAGCCCAGAAGAAGUGCAGCGAUUACUAUCCGGUGAACAAUGCCCUGAGUGGACGCGUGAAGAUGUUCUCAACUAUACGGAGCCCAAACUGGGUUACACCAAGGAUUCUCCUGGUUUCCUUCGUUUCGUAGACGUCAUGGUUGAGUUGAAUUCUCAAGAACGGAAGAACUUCCUGCAAUUUGCCACGGGAUGCUCCAGCUUACCGCCAGGAGGUCUUGCCAAUCUUCACCCUCGUUUGACUGUUGUUCGUAAAGUUGAGAGUGGCGAUGGAAGCUAUCCCUCCGUGAAUACUUGCGUGCAUUACCUCAAACUACCGGAGUAUUCGUCGGCUGAUAUUUUACGGGAACGACACCUGAGUGCUAGACAACGGGACUGUUUGGCUUGGAAAAUCUCUCAUUUAACGUUCCUGGUUUAUGCUGAUCAAGUUAGCUUGAUUAGUGAGGCCUUGCGUAGAAUGUCACUGCCGACUAUCGUCCGGGACACUCAACUAGUUGGACAACACCUUUUCGAUCAUACUCCAUACGUUCGCGCUGAGAUCGACCGCUUUAUUGACAGGUUCGAGAAAAAUGAAAGACACCGCGAGUUCGAUGGGAUUCUUCGUGCCAGUCAUGCUUUAAUCGAAGCUGCUGAAACUCCUGUCGAAGCGUUAUUUGAUGCUGGAAAAAUGAAAACAUUAACGGAAAGUAUUAAUCUGCUCACGGAACGAUUACAGAAACUUUCACAACCCACAUAUGCGAAGGAACAUGAAGAAUAUUUGGCGGAAGUUGCGAAGAAACAAAAAGAAUUGCUAGAGCAACGCCGUACAGAGGCGCAUCUUAGAUUAAGAAACUCGAUUUCAUGA